AUGGAGCUAUGCAUGUCCAUUUUCGGACCCAUUGUUGCCACACUUUUCCUCUUCUACUACUUAAGGCCAAAAAUCGGCACACACAAAUCCCCGCCGGAAGCUGGCGGAGCCCGGCCCUUUACCGGCCAUCUCCACCUUAUGUCCUCCGGCUCCGAGCUCCCCCACAUCACGCUGGGCGCCCUUGCCGACAAGUAUGGCCCGGCCUUCACAAUCCGUCUGGGCGUGCGGCGGGCCCUGUUGAUCAGCAGCGGGGAGCUCGCCAAACACGUAUUCACCGCCUGCGAUUCGGCCGUAUCCUCCCGCCCGGUCCUGCGGGCUGCCUUCCACCUCAGCCGCGGCUUCGCCAACAUGGGAUUCGCCCCCUAUGGCCUGCACUGGAGCCGGAUGCGCAAGCUGCUCUCUACUGAGCUCCUCUCGGCACGGCAGGUGAAGAUGCAGCGAGAUGUGCGCUCAUCCGAGACGGGCUUGUCGGUUAACGAGCUGUGGCGCAGGUGGGAAGAGAGGAAGGAUGGGUCAGCUGGGUGGGUUUUGGUUGACAUGAAGAAGUGGCUGUGGGAGCUGAACAUGAACGUGGUGCUGAGGCUGGUGGUUGGCAAGAGGGUGGGCAUUAACGGAGAUGGGGAGGAGAUGAGGCGGUGCUGGCAGAUGAUGAGGAGGUUUUUUGAGCUGUCAGGGAAGUUUGUGGUGGCGGACGCUUUGCCUUAUCUGGGGUGGCUGGAUAUUGGGGGGCACGAGAAAAUGAUGAAGGAAAACGCGAGGGAGAUGGAGAGUCUGGUCGGCGGAUGGCUGGCGGAGCAUCGGGAGAAGGGAUAUGAUGAUGAGAAGCCGCAAGAUUUUAUGGAUAUGAUGGUAUCGGUUAUGAGAGGCGGUGAGUUUCGUACUGAGUAUGAUGACGACACCAUCAUCAAGUCCACUUGUGAGGCUUUGAUCAUAGGUGGGACGGACUCGAACACAGUCAUGUUAAUAUGGGCCCUUUCCCUCCUACUCAACAAUCGCCAGGCCCUCAAGAAAGCUCAAGAAGAGCUGGAUACACACGUGGGCAAGAAAAGGCGUGUGGAGGAAUCAGACAUUGCCAAUCUAGUCUAUCUCCAAGCCAUCACAAAAGAGACUCUUCGGUUAUACCCGGCAGGUCCCCUGCUUGGCACACGCCAGUUUGCCGAGGACUGCAUUGUCGGCGGCUACCACAUUCCCAAGGGGACGUGGCUGAUGGUGAACGCGUGGAAAAUUCACCGGGACCCGCACGUUUGGGGACCCGACGCACUGGAGUUCAAGCCCGAGCGAUUUCUUGGCGAGCACUGCAACUUGGAUAUGAAAGGUCAUGAUUUUAAUUUAAUCCCGUUCAGUGCCGGCCGGAGGAUCUGUCCGGGGGCAAACUUUGGCUUGCAGAUGGUACAUUUGGUGCUGGCUAACUUGUUGCACGGGUUUGAGCUGUCGACCGUGUCGGGUGAGAAGGUGGAUAUGACGGGAAGUCUUGGAGUGGUCAAUAUGAAAGCCACGCCACUUGAUCUUCUUGUUGCUCCUAGACUGUCACCAAGUCUUUAUAAUUAA